AAUACUGUGCAGCUGAGGAGCUCACUAGCGAUGGUACAGGCUCUGUGUGCCGAAAUAUCAACGUUUGGGCUUUUCUGACCAGGAUUCGAGAAAAACGUUGAAACCCAAAAUGAGCAUCGUCUCCUAACUGGACCAGACAAUGGAAGUCGCUUCCUGCAGCACUAACAAUUCACCCCUGGGAGACAAGUACGUACUAAAUCAGACUACCUCGGCCAGAGGUAGCUAAACUAACGCGUGGUUCAGAAGCAGCACAUUUCUUUAGUGGGGAUGCGUGUAAAAAGGAGCGCGGAGGAAAAGAGCAGACGCGUAUGUGUAGAUGCUACUGAAUGACUUUGGAGACAUUCCGGCGCUUCGAGGAGAUAUAGUGCAUAGUUUCGGUUGUUCUGAAUGUUUGCGAUGGAGCGUCUUUGAAUUUUCUUGCAUUUAAUGCUUCUAUGGAUCGUCCGGAAUGAACGUCUGAAUUUAGUUUUUUUUUUUCCUUUUUUUUUUCCUCUCAGCGCUGUUUCUUCCACCUGCAAUUCCGCAACCCGCGUGAAACAGGAGCUCCGCUUCACCUGACGUUACACAGCCUCGCAUCGGGAAGAUGACCAGCUCGUCUGCAUCCUCCUGAGAUUUCUUUGGCCUUUCUGGGAAUCCGAAACAAGCAAAGGACGACUUGUUCACGUCAGAAGUGAGAGAAGAAGGAAUUGUAGCGUGCACUGAGCUGUAGCGAACUACAUCCACACAUCUCCAACCUGACACAAUGUUCGCACUCGGGAUAUAUUUGUGGGAAACUAUUGUAUUUUUCAGCUUGGCAGCGUCCCAACAAGCAGCAGCUCGGAAAGCUGCCACCCCAAUGCCUCCGUCAGAAUUCCUGGACAAGCUUAUGGGAAAAGUGUCCGGUUAUGAUGCAAGAAUCAGACCUAAUUUCAAAGACCCGCAAGGCCCCAAAUCGGAUGGUACUCACAAGAAAGGUCCACCUGUGAACGUAACAUGCAACAUUUUUAUUAACAGUUUUGGAUCCAUUGCUGAAACAACAAUGGAUUACAGAGUGAACAUUUUCCUGAGACAGCAGUGGAACGACCCUCGGCUGGCCUACAGCGAGUAUCCCGAUGACUCCCUUGACCUUGAUCCCUCCAUGUUGGACUCCAUUUGGAAACCCGAUCUGUUCUUUGCCAAUGAAAAGGGAGCCAAUUUUCACGAGGUUACUACUGACAACAAGCUUCUGAGGAUCUCCAAAAACGGGAAUGUUUUGUACAGUAUAAGAAUAACACUGAUUCUGGCCUGCCCCAUGGACCUGAAGAAUUUCCCUAUGGAUGUGCAGACCUGUAUAAUGCAGCUGGAGAGCUUUGGCUACACAAUGAACGAUCUUAUAUUCGAGUGGGACGAGAAGGGAGCCGUGCAGGUAGCAGACGGACUGACUUUACCUCAGUUUAUAUUGAAGGAAGAGAAGGAUCUGCGCUAUUGCACCAAACACUAUAACACAGGGAAGUUCACCUGCAUAGAGGCUCGUUUCCACCUGGAGAGACAGAUGGGCUAUUAUCUGAUCCAGAUGUACAUUCCCAGUCUUCUGAUCGUCAUUUUGUCUUGGGUUUCCUUCUGGAUCAACAUGGACGCUGCUCCUGCCCGUGUUGGCUUGGGCAUCACUACUGUGCUGACCAUGACCACCCAGAGCUCAGGAUCUAGAGCUUCUCUUCCCAAGGUCUCGUAUGUGAAAGCCAUUGACAUUUGGAUGGCAGUGUGCCUUCUCUUUGUCUUCUCUGCACUGCUGGAGUAUGCGGCCGUCAACUUCAUUGCACGCCAACACAAGGAGCUGCUGCGCUUCCAUAGGAGGAGAAGGCAUCUUAAGGAGGACGAGGCGGGAGACGGCCGGUUCAGCUUCGCCGCCUACGGCAUGGGUCCGGCGUGCCUCCAGGCCAAAGACGGCAUGGCCAUCAAGGGCAACAACAACAACGCGCCCACCUCCACCAACCCCCCUGAGAAGACCGUGGAGGAGAUGCGCAAGCUCUUCAUCAGCCGCGCCAAACGGAUCGACACGGUGUCGCGUGUGGCCUUUCCACUGGUCUUCCUCAUUUUUAACAUUUUCUACUGGAUCAUUUACAAGAUCAUACGCAGCGAGGAUGUUCACAAGCAGUAAAGAGAUGCGAACCCAUCCGCCUCCACGUCCCACCGUGCCCGCCUUCCUCUCACUGCAGCGCUCUCACUCGAGUCCCCAGCAGAGGUAUUUAUUCCUUUUUUCGUCUCUUUCUCUCCUGUCCUCCUGAAUAAUCCGGACCUGUGCAAUAGCAAUGCAGUAAAAUGCAUGAUAAAUGAAUGUGGCAAUAUAUUUACUAAAAAAAAUGAAAAUGACUAAAGGUAAAUAUUCAACUUAAGAACUUCUGAACGGAUGACUGGCAAUCCAAGAGGAAAACUUGUAAAACUUUUUUUUGCAACUUGAAGACGUACUGUAUUGGGAGAAUACUGAAAAACAUUACUGCUGUAAUAUAUCGUAUAUUUAAAUGAUAAUACUUCAGUCACUGAAAAGGAACCAUUUUUGGUCUUCUCGAGGCAGUUUGGGGCUUCCAUGAAUACACAGUGAAAAUGUUGUCCUGGGGUCUGACGAUGUUUCAUUCUGAUAUCGAUUAUUAAUGGGUCUUGAUGAUUGCCAGUGAAAAAUAUAUAUUUAUUCAAGUUACGAUAAAUGUGUUCCUCUAUCUGUGCUCAUUUUUUCAGUUUGGUUUUGUUUGAAACGUCAGAUUAUGUUCUGCUCAUGUGCCAACAUCAUCCUUUAGGUUGACCAAAAAAAUUACUCCAUUUAAUCAUUCAUGUUUACACCUUUUGGAUAUGUAAGCUGAAUAAACAAAUUAAAUAUUAAAUAUUAGUAUAUGUAAAAUAAAACAUACUUUUAACUCUCGCCAUUCCUUGGUUUUGGCAUUUUCACCAUUUCAGAAUAUGUCCGAAACGUGCAGAAGGAAAAGCUGAGGGAUCUUUCAUAACUCAUAUUUCAUACAGUGUUAUUUUUCUAAACGUGGUUUAGCUGUACAGCCAGUGCCAUGAUAACAGAUCUAUAUUUCCAACCAAAUGUAUAUUACAGUGAUUUUUCAGUCUAUAUGUGUAAACACUGCAUUGUGCAACAGAAUAAACAAUGCACAAAGGUUUAGUUUACGAUAUUUAGGAUGCAUCUUCAUCUGGCUUCUCUAUGCAAUAAUCGGAUAUGCAAUUAUUUCCAGUGUUCAUCAUGUCGAAUAGGCCAUUUUAUUCUGAAGGCCCCCCAAAAAAAUGCUAUUUCAUACAUGUACAAUUUUCUCUUCCAGUCAUGCUCAUUUGCUGUCGAUGCAUGGCUAGGGGUUUUUCUGUGGCGCAGAUGAUAUAGAUGUCAUUUUUCACUUUUGUAAUGUUUUGUUUGACUGCCGAACUGAAGAGAAACAGUGUUAUAUAAAGUGAGCAUGUGUCAGGCUCUGUGAUAGAUGCUCUGUGCAAGAUUUUGCCAUGCGUUACAUUCUUUGUGUGUGUGUGUGUGUAACUUUGUUUGUUUAAAACCAAAGAACAGUUUUGUUACUCUGUUGUCAUUGCCUUUCAGGUUUUCAUAUUUCAUAACUUGUGUUCAUUUCAUCCUGUUUGAUGAGACACUGACCAAUUUUGUAAGGCCUGUAACAUUUGUAAUUUAUUCUGUUUUUCACACGUAUUCAAGAAAACCCAACUAGAUAGAUUUUGUGACGGCAAAAUAUUACCAAGAAAUACAAACUUGCAUUUUGGUCUAAAAAAUGGUAUCAUGAUCUUUUGAUGUAUGUGUAAAAUUUGAGUUAAGAAUGAAGCUUGGAAUUAAUUGUUGAUUAAUGGCACAUUUUAUGUAUUUAAUAAUUAUUUGUUAUAUUUUUAUUAAUUUUUUUAUUAAUUUUUCUAUUUAAUAAUUGAAAUGACCAGGCACCAUGGUAUAUUUAAAGGGCUAAUUUUGAUUAUUAAUGUCAAAUCUUCUCCCUUAAAUGAAUUGGCUUGUGAUGCAGUGCUCUGAAAACUGGUUUACACCUCACCGAUGAAGACCCUGGUUUUUCCACGACAUAUUAGACCUCGCUGUAUGUUGCAUUAAGCAGAAACUGAAUUCUGCUCCAGUUGCUCCCCAGAAGUUCAAGGAGGAAGAUCGUUGUAAUGUGAAUCGCUCUCCACACGCUUACCUCCACGGGCCGCACAAUGUAGCAUUUCACACAUCAUUUGAAUGUUCACACAUGAUGAAUAGUGCUGAAGGAGUGUUCACGAGCGGAUCUGUAACAUUGCAAACAAUAUUAAUCAUUGUUAUUUCAAACGAGUCCUUCUUCCAGCGGGUUACACUUCAUCUGUGAGACUGAUAGAGGCACACGAUGUAUAAAAUACAUCACAGUGUACAGUGUGGAAAGUGAUAAAGUUACUUUAUACACUUGAUGUGCUCAUUCUCGACUCAAAUAUGUAGUCAAAAACACGUGUAGAAAUAUGUUGCUGUUAAUGACUGAUUUCUUUAUUAAUGAACCCUGCUUAAGGCUACUCAUGACGUCACGGGACUGUCCCGUGUGUAAAUGACAGAAGUGAUGCCCCGGGUCUUUACUCACACCACAUGCUACAUGCAAUAUACAAGACAACUUAUAACAAAUAAUAAAACUGGCUCGGGAACACAAGAACAGUGUGAUGUGAAAUACAUGCAUUAUGAAAAUACGAUUUCUUCUUUGGUUUAAUAAUCAUGAAAAUAUCAAUUUAAUGUCCUGAUGGUUUUAAUUCACUUGUUCUUUGGUUAUUUUGAUUAAUGAUUUUAGAGCAAAUGCCCAGGAAACGUUGAUCUCUGAGUGACGAGGGACGUGGCGAUCAUAUGUAACCUGAAUGCAGAACUGUGGGUACAUUUUUAUUUUUGCACAAGUUGGUAUGGCCUUAAUUUUGGGGUUUUUUGCUUCUAUUGUGUAUUGGCACAAAGUGCAUCUCUUCAUUCGCUUUUCGUCAUAAUCCCAAUGCACUUCCAAGCAGUGAAAAGAACAGCAAAUUCUUAUUUUUAUGUUCCAAUACUAAAACGUGGAAUUUUGCAUGAAUAGAAUUAAAUGGCAGAUAUUUUUUGGCUUGUACAGAAAAUGUGAGCAAUUUGAAGAAAAAAGGAAUGUACCAUAUCUGCUAUAUAUGUAUAUAACACAAUAUUUAUUGAAAUAUGUCAUAAUGCUAAAUCUAAUUCUACUAUUAAAGUUUUUCUGAACUAAAACAUCUGAAGGGUUUGUGAGAACUGUGAU